AUGCAGAUCACAGUCCAGACCGUUGCAGUUGUUGUUGCUCUGGCUUCGACCGCCGCCGCCGCACCUGCAGUCAACACUGCCCCGCAAGAACUCUCACGGCGUGAUCUUAUCGUCCUACCUGGGACGACCGACCAAGGCGAGGCCACUCCAGCGGCCAAACGCAAUCUAAGAACCAUCAAAAAGCGUGGUCCCACGGACACAUACGGCGACUACACAGGGCAAUGGAGCAGUUACCCGGACGACUCUGGUUCUUAUGUCCGCUCAGACGAUGAGUUCAGAUAUGGCGGCCUGGGUGGCGACAAAUGCUGGACCGACCUUUUCUACGUAUCGUCCUCCUACAAGCAAACGGACUGGAAGCGCGAGGGUUCCAUUGACUGCGGGACAACAUCCCAGUGUGAAGCAGGAAUCGAUCAAGGCGUAGAGACGUGCAACGAUUGGAGCAUUUCUAUCGAAGUCGGAGCCGAGGUCGGCAUCCUCAAGGACAUCUUUUCGGUCUCGUCCAGUAUUACGAAUAGCUAUGGGGAGUCUAAGUGUGAGUCGGUCACCACCAAGAGCACCUGUGUAUGGCAGGACACCGCAUGCCAUGCAAUCUGGAGCAGUCAGACGGUCAAGGUUGAUCACGGUUAUAUACGUCGCCGCUGUGAUUUCCACGAUGGCAAGGGCGAUCAGACUGUUUGGAGCAAAGACUGGGACGUUAGCGAGAAGGCCGACGAGCUUCACCUCGGAUGCAAGGCGGAUUGCGCCGCUGGAUCGUACCCAGCGUAA